GCGGGGCAGGAAACAGGGUCCCGCUCCCGCCCCUGCCCACGAGAGUUCUUCCCUUCUCCUCUUCCUCCUCCCCCCGCCUCCCUCUUCUCCGCCUGUCGACCCUGGUCAGCGCGGCAGCCAGGACCGGUGAGAGCUCGCAGCUUGGAUGCUUGGUGACAGCAAGAGACUGGGUGACAUGAGAUUCGACUGCGCCCUGCCCUGGACAGCUUAAUGGUAGAAGCAUUAAUCCCUAAAGAGACCGGAGUGGGUUUCAGGAUGACAAAAGAGGAGCCCCCGAGUACCUCAAAGGACUUGCAGGAGCUGCAGAAGAAGCUGUCUUUGCUGGUAGAAUCCAUCCAGAAUAACUCAAAGGUUGACUUUCUUGCUCUUCCAUUCACAUGGGCCAUCACGACUGCCCAGAUGGUUGCCUUCAUGAAGUCUCCGGUGGGGCAGUACCUGGACAGGCACCCUUUCAUGGCCCUCACCGUGCUGGUGUUUGUGGUCAUGUCAGCCAUUCCUGUCGGGUUCUUCCUGCUCAUCGUGGUGCUUACCUCCCUGGCUGCUUUUGUGGGAGUCAUUUUACUGGAAGGACUGGUCAUCUCAGUGGGCGGCCUCUCACUGCUUUGUGUCCUCUGUGGCUUGAGCUUCGUAUCACUCGCCAUGUCGGGGACAAUCAUAGUGUCCUACGUCGUGGUCUCCAGCCUUGUCAACUACUGGUUUCCUCCCAGUUCCCAGGUGAAGCCUUCCACAGACCACGCCUUGGGUAGCAAGGUCAUAGAAGCCCUCUUCAAUCCUGUCUUCCUGAAGAUGUCACACCUGAGGCCAGAGACGGGCCACUGCUUUACCUACGGCCACUGUUAGUCUGCAGUGCCUGGGCUGGAACCCAUGUUUCCUGCAUCCAGGGCUUACUUCACGGCAUCUUCCCUGCUCCUCUGACCCUAACAGCAUUAAGGUGGGGGGAGGACCCAUCCCUAGGUAUGGAAGUGAAGAGACCAUACUGUCUGCUUUGAAUGUUUAACCUCAAAAAUAUACACUGACGGUUAUUUUACCAGCAGAAGAUGCGUUUAUUUGGGAAUAAAAGAGAAUUGCAAUCUUUGACAAACAAGCUGCGGCAAAACUGUAGGCAAGUCCAGGAAAUAAAGGAGAGACAGGCUUAUUUAUUUAUUUAUUUAUUUGAGAGAGAGAGAGAGAGAGAGAGAACAAGAGUCCACGAGUUGGGGGAGGCAGAAGGAGAGGGAGAGAGAGAAUCUCAAGCAGACUCCAUGCUGAGCGCAGAGCCCGAUGUGGGGCUUGAUCUCAUGACCCUGAGAUCAUGACCUGAGCUGAAAUCAAGAGUCGGACACUUAACCAUGGCACCACCCAGGCACCUCAAGGCUCGCUUUUUUAAGGAGAGAAGGGGUAAGUUGGGAAGACUGUUAUGAACUAGAAGUCCAUUAGAGGAACUGGGAGUUGGAAGUAUAGUGGCUUCUCAUUGGCUGUUGCCUGGUGGGUGGGGGUGGGAAUGAGGAAAGUAGCUCUUCCUCUGGCUGAAGUAGAAGAGUGGUAUCUAUGUUCACAGUCACGUCAGUCUCUUCCUGUUGGGUCUGCAAUUGAGUUGGGGUGGUAGGGCAUGGGAGCUUCCCCUGCCAAAAUCUCCUGACUUCAUUUAGUGGGGUUUCCCUUUAUUAAUUUUCACAGAAUUGAGCUUCUUUGUACUAUAUUUUUGGUUCAAUCACUUCCCUCCCCUAAGGACCAUGGGAAUCCAAAGAUGAAUAGAAUAAGACUCUGGUCUUCUUGUGCCUUGAGGGAGCCAAAGCAAAGUAAAUUUGUUAACAGAAGGUGUUCUUAUUUGUGGUUUAUGCAAAUUUGGCUAUUAAUCCAAAAGAAAGCUUACAUGUAACUUGGUGUGUUCUUAUAGAUGCAAAUUAUAGCCAUAGUCAUUCUUCUAAAAAUAAAGCUUCUUUAAUCCUGAAUCAUUUUGAAUACUUUUACCUACAAGAAACAAACUGCCUCCCUAAAAAAAAAUAGGAAUCCUUAGCAUCUCACUAAACAUGAAAGAUUGUUGAAGAACAAAAUUUCAACUGAGUAAACUUGAAGAUCUAAUUGGUUUUAUGAAGCAAGUCAUGAAUCCCAUCUAGCAUGUAGAGGGGAGCUCCGAGGAGUUGUAGAAAAUGGAAGGUUUUUAAAUAGGAAGGAAGGUGGAGCAAAGAUGUUAUUAGCAAAAGAAUAUAUUGCUUUAGGCAAGGUCACUUUCCCUUAGAGGGAAGGGCUGGGUGACCUCAUCUUCCUUUGGGGAAUGGAGAGGGCCCAUGUGAUAGAUUACCUCAUUGGUGCUGACUAGAAAAGUCCUGACUGACCAGUUAAGACUUCAUUUCUGGGGGAGGUUAAAACUGCAAUGAGAUUAGAUAUUAAGCUCUGGUUUGGUGACUUGGCCUAGCACGAGUUCCUCCUUCGGGAGGCCUGUGGCUUUCUUUUUAACAAGAUACAAGUGAUUGCAGGGUUGAUUCAGAUAACACAAUGAAGUAAUCAGGAAUCGAGGUUUUCCAUGUUUUUACUCCACCAUUCUCAGUGUCAUUAGGCUUGUUUCCUCAUGGUCACAAGAUGGCUGCCACAGCUCAAAGAAUCACAAUGUCACACAACCACAUCCACAGAUAGGAAGAAAAGGGGUUAGCCUUACAUACCUUUUUUUUUUUUUAAACCAGUAAGAAAAAGACAGAUGCCUCCCUUCUAAUAUCCCUUUAAAUCUCAUUGAACAGAACCAUGUGCCUGCUGGUAGCUGAUCUGCAAGGGGAAUGAGACUUUAUCUUGAUUAUUUAGCACCAUCAGGGUAUAUCCCCUAGGGAUAUACGAUGCCAUUCCAGAACACAAAGUUCUCUUUUUAGGGAAGAAGGGGUUUCUGGGACCCAAUUCAAUGCAUAUGGGGGUUUCCCCACACCACCAAGCAAUUCUCUGGUGCCAUUUGGGUGUCCUACAAUUCAACUCAAUUCUGUCACUAUCUACCUGGAGAUAGCAUCAGAUCCCACACGUUAAGGGCUCAGUCCUACAAGACUGUCCCCACCCACCCCACCUUGCUUCAGAUGCCAGUCACAAGUCCAGGUGGUUACCUGUGUUUCUGAUGGUCUGGCUACAGAUGGGAGGUUCUAAUGUCACCCUCCUUGGGUUUGAUUGAUUUGCUGGAGUGUCCCACAGAACUCAGAGAAACAGUUUACUUACUAGAUUACUGGUUUACUGGUUUAUUAUUAAAGGAUGUAACUCAGGAACAGCCAGAUGGAAGAGAUGCAUAGGGUUGGAGAAAGGACAAGGAACUUCCAUGUCCUCUCUGAAAGCACCAUUCUCCCCAAAUCUCCACGUGUUCUCCAACCCGGAAGCUCUUUGAAUCCUCUGCUUUGGGGUUUUAAUGGAAGCUUCAUUAUGUAGGUGUGAUCAGUUAAGUCACUGGCCAAGUCCCAGAAAUCAAGGGGGUAAGACUGAAAGUUUCUACCCUCUACUCAAGAUUGGUUUCCCUGGCAAGCAGCCCCCUUCUCUAGGUUAUCUAGGGGCUUUCCCAAAGUCAUCUAUUAAUGGAACAAAAGGCUCCUUAACUGCUCUCAACACUUAGGAAAUUCCAAGUGUUUUAGGAGCUCUGUGCUAAAUGGGGACAAAGACCAAAUAUAUAUUUCUUACUAUAAAUCACAAUAUCACAGGAAAAGAAAGGGGGAAGGAAACCCUUUUUGAUUAAGCAGCCUACAGUAUCAGUCCCAGCACACUCAU